AUGAACUUCCCAGGAAUGACACCGCCCAUAGGCGGCGCCGGAGCAGGCGCUGGAACUGGAAUUGGAGCUGGAACAGGAGCUGGUGCUGGUGCAGGAGCUGCUGGGUUGAGCGAGCAGGAACAGGCCAUGAUCAAAAUGAUGCAAUCGGCCAUGGAAUCCUGUCCUGCCAAAACCGUUAUCUCGGGAACUAUGGGUUUCGCGCUCGGUGGUGCUUUCGGAUUGUUUAUGGCUAGUAUGUCAUAUGAUACCCCCCUCACACCGCAAGGUCAAGAGCUCUCCAGUCUCCCGUGGCGCGAACAGCUUCGUCGCGGCUUGAAAGAUAUGGGCUCGCGGUCGUGGUCGUCUGCGAAGAACUUUGGCAUCGUGGGCGCUCUCUUCUCCGGCACCGAAUGCUGCAUCGAGGGACUUCGAGCGAAGAACGACAUCAAGAACGGCAUCGCGGCCGGCUGCAUCACGGGUGGUAUCUUGGGCGCUAAAGCUGGCCCGCAGGCCGCUGCUGCGGGUUGUGUCGGUUUCGCGGCGUUCAGUGCGGCGAUCGAUGCGUAUAUGCGCAUGCCGUCGGAUUGA